CUCUCUACAGAGGCACGUACUAUGUUCAAUGUUACAGGUUUUUUGGCAUCAGUAAUUGGGGUAGACAAAACACACGCACGCGCACACUCAUGGAUUAGAGUUUUCGUUGAGGACUAAUAGAAAACCAUUCUUUUCACACAAUGUUAGGACAUACAUAGUCAGUUGGAGAUGGUCAAGCGAUGGACAGAUGGACAAUAAACGGAUACUUUUACUGCCACAUCCUCCUGGCAUUUGCUAUACUCUGCGACCAACCAGUAUGUGGCAUUAGAUUUGUUGUACCACGACGCGGGUCUACCUAUCCAAAUGAGGCAACUUUGACUGAAAAGAUCGAGGUGCCAGAUUAUAAGUGGGCUAGCGUUCGCUUCACUAAAUUUGACCUAGAACUUUCAGGAGGAUGCGACAAAGACUACGUGGUGAUUAUUUCUCGUCAAAAGCACAGACACCUUGAUUCUGACAUGCCGUAUUAUCGGAGUAUAGAUAAAGAUAUAUACACGCUUUGGGGGGCAGUGUGUGGCUCACACACAUUUUCCAAACCCAGUAUUCUAAAUGUUGAACUGUACUUUAACAGUUCCGUUGAGGUUAUAUUUAGUAGCGAUCUUGAUGGCCGUGCCACAGGGUUGAAGGCUGAUAUAGAUGUGGUGGAGGAUUUUGAAGGUCGCCACGUGCCGUGCACGCACGUGGUCACAUCACCGUAUGAAGGCUGGGUCAGAAUAAAUCGCGGUUAUUUGACAGCAGGGUGUAAGUUUUAUUUGACCGCUCCUGCUGAUCACAUCUUGCAAAUAACACUUGAAAAAAACUUUAAUGUCCUUUGCGGGACGUUUACUUUUUAUGACGUGACAGAAUACAAUGAGGUAAAAUUGCAUACCCAUAACAUGAAUAGUUCUAAUCAAUUUUCAUCCCUUCAUGGAAAUUAUGACCAAAUGAGCAUUGAAUGGAUACCGUGUGACGGCGCACAGCAAUACGACGUACGUGCUAAGUACAAAGCUGUUUCCCGUAAAAUGGUGGAACCAUUUUCAUGCCAACCAGGAUACAGCCUUUUUGAGGGGAACUGUUACCUGUUUAGGCGUUAUAGUGGAUCAAUCACGUGGUCCAAAGCUGAGACCGAGUGUGACAGAGAUUCAGGACAUCUUGUUAGCAUACAAACACGGCGUGAAGCUCGCUUUCUGGGUAGAAUUCUGAAUAGCGUUGAAAAGGUAUAUUUAGUAGGUUCAUGUUCUUCUUUCUACUAUAACAGCGCAAUCUACAUAGGACUAAAAUCUACAGACCAGCAUUACAACUGGACGGAUGGGGGAGCUUUUGUAUACAGUGAAUGGUACGGCCCAAAAAUUUAUGGAUUCAAUUCGUGUAAGAUGCCAAGUUUACUGAAAACAAUUGUUACGGAAGAAGUUCUGCAGCCGGUCCGAGGGGACGAACGCGACUGUGGUAUUAUGAUGGGAUUUCUACCGCCUCCACACGGGAAAACACGCUGGGGGAACUGGGCCAAAGUCCCGUGUCACCAACCAAUCUGCUGUAUGACUGCCAUCUGUAAAAAGCCCGCAGCCUUGGCGUCAAAAAAGAAUUCAACUACACCCGCUUCCAAAUCAUUGCUGGUGGAUUCCCCAGCGUCCCAGUGGUAUACGCACCAUGAAACCUACUGUCCAGAGGAUUGGGUGUAUAUAGCGGGACGCUGUGUGCUUCUGUACGCCCUUGCCAAAAUUGAAGCCGUAGAACAAGUUGGAUACAAAACGACGUAUGUGUCUCAUUAUCACCCACAAUAUUGGUCCUUACCGCCAGGCACCAACCUCACCUAUAGCGCAGCUGUGGAGGCAUGCAGGUCCCUGGGUGGAGAUUUAGCCCCCUUUAACAGCACUUUUCACAAGGACCGAGAUAUUCUUCAGUACAUUAGUAUUUGGGGCAAGGAACUCACUUGGAUAUCCCCAAGAAGUUUCGAUAAAAAUUUAUCAAGACCACUCUCAAAUAUCUUAGCUGUGUGGGUGAAGUUCCCAGAAAACAUAUGCAGAAGGCUUAUAUAUGACAACCAUCAGUUCAUAGAUGACAUGGGAGGACUAUGCCAACACGUUGACCACCGUGAGUCGCUCUUGGCUCUUUGUGAGAUAGCCUCGAAACGCAACAUUUUCAACUGUUCACAACACCAGUUUGGAUGUGAAGAUGGCAGCUGUAUAUCUAGUGUUAAUGUGUGUGAUGGGACCUCAGACUGCGCUGAAGGAGAAGAUGAGAAGAAUUGUACGUGUGGACAACACACUUUUAGUUGUUCCGAUGGCACAUGCAUCCCAAUUAGUAAAGUAUGUAAUCAUGUCAACGACUGUCCUAAUGGAACCGAUGAUGAGAAUUUUUGUAUUUAUCCGCCGUGUAAAACAGGGCAGUACAGAUGCCAGAAUGGGGAAUGUAUCGACGAGAAAGACAAGUGCAACUUUUUUAAAGACUGCUUAGACGGAUCCGACGAAAUUCCCCAAAUUUUGUGCCCCUGUGAAAAGUGUUACUCUGGCAAAUGUUUAGCUCCUCAAAAUGUGGACGAUCGCUAUCCAGAUUGCUUUGGUGUGACACAAGAGGAUGAGUCACUUUCAAUGAUUCCAGUUAUUAAGCGCAUGUCCUUAAAUUGCCAAGCUGGUGCUUGGUCACUCCCUGUAUCUCUGCCUUAUUGCUCAAAGACUAAUGAAAUGAGAUGCACGCAUGAACAUGUUCGUUGUAUUGAUCGACAACUGGCUUGCGUUCACGACAAAAUCAAGCACGAACGAUUUCAAACAUGCAGAGGAUUUGAACAUUUACAAAACUGCGCUAGUUUUCAGUGUCCACACAUGUACAAGUGUCCUAGCUCGUAUUGUGUCCCACUUCGACAGGUGUGCGACGGGGAGAAGGACUGUCCACGAGGAGAGGACGAGACUGGAUGUGCUAAUUACACAUGUCCCGGUGGUUUCAGGUGUAAAGGAGAACGGCAAUGUCUGCACCAGAGCGAGGUAUGCAAUGGUGUGGUCAACUGCAAAUUUUCUGAUGAUGACGAAAGGUUCUGUGACAUAAAGACAUGCCCCAUGAACUGUGUUUGUAGUGGGUAUUACGUAGACUGCACGGGAGGAAAUGCAACCAAGGUACCGAAUAUAUCGCCAUUCACCAGAGUCCUUGCUUUUGGGGACAACAAACUUCAUUUAACAAACGAAACGUUUGCGAGUCAUCAUUUUCUUGUGAAACUUAAUAUCAGUUCAAACGAAAUCGAUAUCAUUCCUAUCAUGGCAUUCAUUAAUUUAAAUAACCUGUUAGAGUUGGACCUACGGGGUAACAAAUUGUCUUCUUUGCAAGCAAAUGCCUUGAAAGGUUUGUUUAAUUUGAAAACCUUGUUGCUAAGUGGAAACCCAUUAUCUAGAAUUUUCCCCGGCACAUUUGAUGGUGUUUCAGCCCUAUGUGCUUUGGAUCUUAGUAGGCUUCAUAUUAAGACCAUUCAUGCACAUACAUUUAAAGGCUUAGACUCGUUAAAAAAUCUGAAUAUAAGUUUCAACAAAAUAUCCACGAUAAAGGAUGGUGCUUUUCAGGGUUUGCCCAAAUUGGAUAAAGUUGAUAUGUCUGGGAAUGAGGGCAUGUUUGUCGAAAUGGAAGUUUUCGUAAAUUUUUCAGCUAAAAUAUUAAUAACAGACAGGUUUGGAAUCUGUUGUCUCACUGUUGGGAAAGUAGACGAAUGUUUACCUAAACCUGACGAAUUUUCGUCAUGCUCCGAUCUGCUUUACGACAAGUUCUUACAAGUCUCUGUCUGGGUUAUGGAUUUUGUAUGCUGGGGGCCGGUGGUAUUGUUAGGGUUUCUAAGUAUGGCCAACGUGCCAAUUGCACCGCAAGUGUCAAGCUGGGUAGCCGUGUUCGUGAUGCCGUUCAACUCCGCUAUCAACCCCUAUUUGUACACACUUGCCAACGUUAAGUUAUGUGGUAAGAAAGAAGAAUCAACGGCACGCGACACUCCUGUAGCCAGACAUAACAAACAAAAACAAGUAUCUGCAGACAAAGAAACAGAGGCGUGA